GAAACAAACCCAACCAUUGACCUCCCUCUGCAGCUUCGAGUAUCAAGAUGUUUUCGAUUGCUGCGAUCAAUGAUACGGAGUCCACAGAAAAGUGGGAACCUUUAGCUCCUAGCAAAGAAGCUCAGGAGUUUCAUCUGUCACAAACAUAUCAUGAUGGUCUUCUCAAGCUGCAAGCUAAAGACUAUGAAAAGGCUCGGGAGCUGCUUGAAUCUAUCCUGAAGGAUCCUAUUAUAGCUAACUCCAAAGUGGAGACUAUUGCAAACGACAAUCAUCUCCAUCAUCUCAGAUUUUUGGCUCUGAAGAAUCUUGCCACUGUAUUUCUUGAGCUUGGUUCAAGUCAUUACGAGAAUGCUCUAAACUGUUAUCUUCAAGCUAUAGACUUAGACGCAAAAGAUUCUGUCCUGUGGAACCAUCUUGGAACCCUAUCAUGUUCUAUGGGAUUACUGAGUAUUUCACGAUGGGCAUUUGAACAGGGACUUCUCUGCAGCCCCAAUAAUUGGAACUGCAUGGAGAAACUUCUAGAAGUUCUCAUUGCCAUAGGUGAUGAAGUUUCCUGUCUCUCAGUUGCAAAUCUGAUUUUAAGGCAUUGGCCAUCACAUUCUCGUGCUUUGCAUGUUAAACAUUGUAUUGAAGAAACAGAUUCAGCUCCUUUUGUGCCCAAGGGUAUAGAUAAACUUGAACCUCAGCACGUCCGGCUCAAAUUUCUUGGCAAAAGAAAGGUGUCUGACAUGAAUCAGGACAUGGAUGCUGCCUCCAAGAAGUUGAAAAAAAGAGUGCAAGUUAAACUUCCUGAAGCUUCAUGGGUGGCACUGAUAAAUAUUCUAAUUGGGAUAGUGCAUCCUUCGCGUGAAACUGUGGGCAUAUCAGCUGAUAUACCAAUAACCAUUGAACUAGCCCUUAGUACUGAAGCUGUUAUGCAAGGUCUGAAAAAGAAGGAUCAUUGUGUGGAUUCAGAUUCAAGUAAUGUGUCUGUUAAGGAUUGUAACAUCGAAAGAGAAAGUGGUGGUUCUGUAAAAGAAAAAGAGCCUGUGUUUUCUGAAGAACACCCCCAAGAGAGGCGGAGUACUCGUCUUGAACGGCUUCGGAACCAGAAACCUGAGAAGGAAGAGUUAGAAUUUGAUAAUAGCAAGGAUCCUAGCAGUGACACCCUUCAAUAUCUUGAGAAAUUUGUCCUUACGAGGGGAUUCAACAGAGUGUCUGCUGGUUCUUCCUGCCUUGAGGAAUCUGAUCCAAUUUCUGAACACGCUGUCGUUUCUAAUUUUGUGAAGGAAAAUUCAGAAAAUUAUGGUGCGUAUCAUAUGGGUCACUUGCUUCUAGAAUAUAUUGCUAGUAAAUGUGAACAUAUAUUGAGUCGUGAUGCUGCCUUGAAAAUUUUGGAGUUAGAAAAGCUAACAAGACAUUGGGGCCGAGAUCGGAAACCUGAAUGCAGUCUUUUUCUCGCCGAGCUGUACCAUGACUUUGACUCUAAAGGUUCAGAUAUUCCUGAUGGCCGAUCAUGCAUGGUUGAAAUAACAUACCAUCUCUCUAAGAUAAUUGAAUCUGUCUCCCUUGAUUAUGCUAUCGACUUUACGCCUAGUUCUUGGGGGGAAAGAUUUUCUGACUCCUCAUUCAAGGCUGCUAAAGAGGUGUUAGAUUAUGAUAAAAGAUCUUUCUGGGCUCGAUAUUUCUGGCUGAGUGCACGGUUAUCAAUUUUGGAGGAUAAUAAAGCUAAAGCACUUGAAGAAUUUCUUAGAUGUUUGUCAUUGUUGGACAAGGAAGGUAUCGGAGAAGCUCCUGUCUUAAUUCAGCUACCUCAUUGCAGAAGAAUUCGAGAGCUGAACAUUAAUAGAAUCAUUCAUGAAAUUAAUCUGCUUAAGACUGAUUUCUUGUUGGAAAAUACCAUACCUGAGAUGAUGGAGAAAGAAUUUUAUUCGGAGUGUGUAAAUUUACUGGCACCUCUUUUAUUUCCAAAUAAAGACAUGUUGCCUGCAUACGCUGUAAAAACGGAAGACGGGAUCUCCUCUGUUGAGUUAUCAGCACUUGACGUUUUAAUAAAAGCCUGCCAGAAGAGUAAGCCUAUAGAUGUGGAGGUUUAUAUGAACUGUCAUAGAAGAAAGUUGCAAGUUCUCUUGGAAUCAACUGGUACGGGAGAAUCUGUUGUGACACCUAAAAAGCCGGAUAAAAAUUCAAGUGAGAGUUGGGAUCACUUGGUGGCGGAGGAAGUCAAGGCAAUUCUUCUCUGUAUCUCUCAAGUGAAGAACUCCCUUGACCAGUCAGGAAACUCUAAUGACAUGGUUGCCCCAAAAUAUUGUGUAGCUGGUAUACAAGCUCUGCUUUUGAGAGUUAUGUCAAAUAUCGUGAGGCAUUUUCUUUCUAAGAGAUAUUCAGAUUCUCAAAAUGCUGAUGGGAUUGAAGAAGAGAAGAAGUUUUGCUUUCUCGAUGCAGCUAUUGGAUUCUGUAAACUUCAACACCUUGAUGCUACCAUGUCUACCAAAUACCAAGUUGAGUUGAUCAUAGGUCUCCAUGAUUUGCUUGCUGAAUAUGGGCUCUGCUGUGCUGGUAAAAAUUGUUCGGGGGAGGAAGGAGCUUUUCUUAGAUUUGCGAUUAAGCAUUUAUUGGCUGUGGACAUGAAAGUCAAAUCCAGUAUUAACUCCCCAGAUGGUCUUGGACAUGAUAUGGCACUGCCUGACAAAUUAUGCAGAAAUGAAAUAAAAUCAUUUCUCACAGAGGUGCAUAUUAAGAAUAACGAAACCAACAAAACUGAUUCUAAGAAGGAUGGUUCUGAAGAACAAGUUGGUUAUAGGGAAAAAGAACAGUCAGAACAAGAAAGCAAACAGAUUACAGAACACACAGAAGUGGUUGCGGAAGAAGAAAAAGAUGAACUUGAGUUGUUAAUCAACAACGCUUUAGAUCAAUGUUUCUUUUGCCUUUAUGGUCUAAAUCUUAGAGUCGAUGGUUCCUACGAAGAUGAGCUCGCUGUGCACAAAAACACUAGCCGGGGAGAUUAUCAGACCAAGGAACAAUGUGUUGAUGUCUUCCAGUACAUACUACCCUAUGCCAAAGCUUCUUCUAGAACUGGACUAGUUAAACUCCGAAGAGUCUUGAGAGCAAUAAAAAAGCAUUUUGCACAACCAUCAGAUGAUCUCCUAAUUGGCAAUGUGAUAGAGAAAUUCUUAGAUGACCCUGAUUUAUGUGAAGACAAACUCUCAUAUGAGGCUGGUUCUGAAGGUUUCCUUGAAACCAUAACUAAAUGUCUAAUUCCCAGCAGAACUCUCAGUGAGUACAAGAUAUCACUGCUUCACAGUUCCGACCCCUAUCUGGAUGUCUACCGCAACUUGUAUUAUUUCUUAGCUCAGUCUGAAGAAGUUAGUGCUAGUGAUAAAUGGCCCGGCUUUGUUCUGACGAAGGAAGGAGAAGAGUUUGUACAGCAGAAUACAAAUCUGUUCAAAUAUGAUCUGAUCUAUAAUCCUCUGCGCUUUGAGAGUUGGGAAAAGCUUGGCAAUAUAUACGACGAGGCAAGUUCUUUCAUUCUUUCAUUCGUUCUUGUUGUUACUGUUAUUCUGAAAUUUUACCUUCCAAUAGCAGAAGUCGAUUUGUUGCUAAAUGAUGGGAGUAAGCACAUAAAUGUUGUAGGAUGGAGGAAAAAUUCCGCUCUUUCGCAAAGAGUUGAGACAAGCAGAAGAAGAAGCAGACGUUGCCUGCUAAUGAGUUUGGCAUUGGCAAAAUCACCAGAUCAACAGUCUGAGAUACAUGAGUUUUUGGCGCUGGUAUACUAUGACAGUCUUCAGAGUGUUGUGCCGAUUUAUGAUCAGCGGUCUGUGCUACCCUCCAAGGAUGCAACAUGGACAAGAUUUUGUGAGAACUCAAUGAAGCAUUUCAACAAAGCCUUUGCACAUCGACAAGAUUGGUCACAUGCAUUCUACAUGGGAAAAAUCAGUGAGAAGCUUGGGCACUCAUAUGAAAUUUCUUUAUCCUAUUAUAAGCAAGCCAUGACAUUAAAUCCGUCAGCCGUAGAUCCUGUGUAUAGAAUGCAUGCUUCUCGUUUGAAGCUGCUAAAUGCAUGUGGGAAACAGAACUUAGAAGCCUUAAAGGUCCUCGCCUCUUAUUGCUUUGAUGAAUCUAUAAAGGAUACUGCUAUGACAAUCAUUGGUACAACGACUUUUGGAUCCUCUCGUACACUGGAAGAAGCUCAAGAUGGAAACUUGGAAGCAUAUUAUGCUAAAACUGGAGAGGGAUCAAUUCAGAUGGAAGGGGUAUGGCAUAUGCUCUACAACGACAGCCUUUCUGCACUGGGAAUUUGUGUUGAAGGAGAUCUUAAACACUUUCAUAAGGCGAGAUACAUGCUUGCCCAAGGACUGUACAGAAGGGGUGGGAGCAGUGAUCUGCAAAGAGCAAAAGAAGAACUUUCUUUUUGUUUCAAAUCAUCCCGGUCAAGUUUUACGAUCAAUAUGUGGGAGAUUGAUGGCAUGGUUAAGAAGGGAAGGCGGAAAACUCCAGGUUUGGCUGGGAACAAGAAGGCUCUUGAAGUUAACCUGCCAGAAAGUUCACGGAAAUUCAUUACCUGCAUUCGCAAAUACUUACUGUUCUAUCUGAGACUAUUGGAGGAAACUGGAGAUGUCAACACACUAGAACGAGCCUUUAAUUCUCUUCGAUCAGAUAAGAGGUUCUCUCUAUGCAUUGAAGACCUUGUACCAAUUGCAAUAGGAAGAUACAUAAAUGCACUGGUUUCCUCGAUGAGCCGGGUUGAGUCUGCAGGAGCAAAAAUCAACCCUGAUAGUCAGCUAGAGAAAAUAUUUUCCCUCUUUAUAGAACAAGGAAGCAUAUGGCCGGACAUAUGCAAUUUCCCUGAAAUAAGAGGUCCAGAAACCUCAGAAAGCAGCUUAUACAGAUAUCUACAUCAAUACAUCGUAUCUCUUGAGCUAGACAACAAGGUUGAGACCCUGGAAACCAUUAAUGAAAAGAUUCGAAAGCGUUUCAAGAAUCCAAAGUUGUCUAAUACUUUUUCGGCAAAAGUUGGCAGACAUGCUUCUCUUGCUUGGUGCCGAGCUCUGAUAAUAAGCUUGGCAUCGAUAACACCCUUGCAGCAAGCAUCCUCAGAGGAAAGUCCAGCAGUAACUCCAUCAUUUGGUUUACUGGAAAAAAGACGUGUGCUUUGUGUUGAUCUACAGUCAGAAUUCUGGAGUUCUUCGUUCGAGGAUCCCUUAGAAUCCCAAAUGCUUGAGGCAAAAUGGCGCCCUGUUCUGUCCAAGAUCAAGAAUGUACUGAUUUUCAAUAAAGUUUUGGAGGAGAAUCUGGAGAUCGCUAAUGCCCUACUUAAAAGUUGUUACAAUUUCUUCCGAGAAACUGCCUCGGUGACACUCCCUUCUGAUAUCAACCUCUAUUUCGCACUGCCUCAACUAGCGCCAGCAGGAGAACUUCCAGGCAGUGAAGGAGUUGAAGUCAUUGAUGUAAGCAUCCCAAGGAAGCUUCUUUUGUGGGCUUACACGUUGGUUCAUGGACAUUGUGGAAGCAUCUCUCAGGUCGUGAAAUAUAUGGAAGAAAAUACCAAGCCAAAAAUUAAGAGAGGAGCCUCAACUUCAUCAGUGGUUCCUUCGGUUCAAUCAGGUGGAAACAGUGAACCCGAACCUGCUCCCAAGGUUGUGCAGGUGAUAGUACCCGAUUCACUGGGUGGGGAUAGUUGUGGCUCCACACCUGCACCAUUGUAACAAUGUUUAUCUACAGAGAAGAGAAGUGGCUGAAUUUUCUCAUUUCUUCUUUUCAUUUUGUUGUAACUUGUUUUCAGCUAGGAAAAAAAAUAGAGUAAAAUUAUCAUA